AGCGAUGCCCGAAGCACGUGACACGUCUCCAAUGCGCCGUGAGCAGAGUGCAACUUGGACUCCACCGCAGACUCACAGAUCUCUGUCGGAAGCGGAUGAAGCAACUUCCACUGACUCAUUUGUUGCUGGUUUACCUAGAACUCGAGCGAACUUUUAGUUUACGCUACAGCUAGGUCCCUGCAAAAGGAUUACAUUUGGGGGAAGGGGGAAAAAACGGACAGGAGAGUGGUAUUUUUCAGCGCUUUGAAUAGGCUUCUGAACGCACACUUGCCGGGGUGGUCUUGCUUUCCUGAAAGGACUACUGUAGCAGUUUUCUCCAAGAGCACCAGUGUAAAACACAGAAGCUAGGGCUGAUAAAAUAGCCUUGGACAAAUGCGAAGGACUGUUCUACCUGAAUCCAUUACCUGACUUCUAUACUUGUUGCUUUUGCUCUACACCAGCUACGGAGACGCAUUCAGAUACUAUUGUGUGCUUAUUUGUGUUUGAAGACUGUAAAAGCAAAGGAAAUCCAAAGUGGACUAACUGGUGAUAUAUAUGCACAAAAAAAAAAAAAAUCCACUUUUGAAUAAACCGUAGGCCUAUUUAUGAGGAGAUGUCCUUCCCUUGCGUGGCGGAUCUGUGAGCGCAAAACGGAGCACCGACUCUGCUUCAGUUGCACCGGGUCGCGCACAUUGGGUCAGCAUGGCAGCUGGAGUCGCAGCGUGGCUACCAUUCGCGCGCGCCGCGGCCAUAGGAUGGAUGCCCGUGGCGAGCACGCCGAUGCCGCCUCCACCACGGGAAAAAAGGCGAGGUCAGGACGGGUUCAUAAUCUUGAACGUCAGCGGCACAAAGUUUCAAACUUGGCUGAAUACGUUGGAGAGGUACCCCGACACCUUACUGGGAAGCACAGAGCGCGACUUCUUUUACCACGAGGAGACAAACGAGUACUUUUUCGACCGCGACCCGGACAUCUUCAGACAUAUCCUCAACUUUUACCGCACCGGGAAGCUGCACUACCCUCGCCACGAGUGCAUCUCCGCGUAUGACGAGGAGCUGGCCUUCUUUGGCAUCAUUCCCGAGAUAAUUGGUGACUGUUGCUAUGAGGAGUACAAAGAUCGCAGGAGGGAGAACGCUGAGAGAAUUCAAGAUGAUGAAGAAAACGAAAACAAUAAGGAUUUGGUGCCGCCGGAUAUGUCGUUCCGUGAGUCCAUGUGGCGCGCUUUUGAGAACCCUCACACGAGCACCAUGGCGCUGGUGUUCUAUUACGUCACGGGCUUUUUCAUUGCCGUCUCCGUUAUGGCGAACGUGGUGGAGACGGUCCCAUGCGGUAAAGCGCAAGACAGGGUCAAAGAGAUCUCGUGCGGGGAGCGCUACGCGCCCGCGUUCUUCUGUUUGGAUACGGCCUGCGUCAUGAUCUUCACAGUCGAGUACCUGCUCCGUCUGAUUGCCGCGCCCAGCAGGUACAAUUUCGUCAAGAGUGUCAUGAGCAUCAUUGACGUGGUGGCCAUCAUGCCUUACUACAUCGGCCUGGUCAUGACGGAAAACGAGGACGUGAGUGGGGCCUUCGUCACCCUCAGGGUCUUCAGGGUCUUUCGAAUUUUCAAAUUUUCGCGGCACUCUGCGGGACUGCGCAUACUCGGGUACACUCUCAAGAGCUGCGCGUCUGAGCUGGGCUUCCUGCUCUUCUCGCUCACCAUGGCCAUCAUCAUCUUUGCCACCGUCAUGUUCUACGCAGAAAAGGGCUCGUCCGCCAGCAAGUUCACAAGCAUACCGGCGGCUUUCUGGUACACCAUCGUCACCAUGACAACGCUGGGAUAUGGAGACAUGGUUCCUAAGACCAUCAUGGGAAAGAUCUUUGGCUCUAUUUGUUCUCUGAGUGGAGUGCUGGUGAUUGCUCUACCCGUGCCCGUCAUUGUGUCCAAUUUCAGUCGGAUCUACCAUCAGAGUCAACGUGCAGAGAAGCGGCGAGCCCAAAAGAAAACCAGGCUUGCUAGAAUUCAUGCAGCGAAGAGCGGUGGUGCUAAUGCUUAUUUGCAGUACAAAUGCAAUGGGAUGCUGGCGCACGUGGAGGAGGAGGUAACCGCAUCAAAAGAGGCAGGACAAGCUCUGGUAUGCAAGUCCAACCCCACUUUUGAGACUGAGCAUCACCAUCUCCUGCACUGCUUGGAGAAAACCACGAAUCAUGAAUUUGUGGACGAGCAAACCUAUGAAACGAGCUGCAUGGAGGUUUCCAUGAUGAAGCCAUCCAUGUCCCGCUCCUCCUCACUGUCCUCCUCACCGCACGGGCUCUCCUCCUGCUGCUCACGCAGAAACAAGCGCAAGAGUUUCAAUGUGCCCAAUUCCAACAUGUCCGGAGGCCGCAGGGGGAGUAUACAGGAGCUCAGCACCAUCCAGAUCAGGGAGAGACCGAUGAGCAACAGCCGUUCCAGUCUCAAUGCCAAGUUUGAAGAGACGGUACCCCUUAACUCAGAAGAGCCCUCCUACAUCACUGCCGCCGUCAUCAGCAUGUCGACGUCGCCUGUGACCACGCCCGAGGGCGGAGACUCCGCCAGCUCGCCUGACUUCUUACAAAGCAACAUUGUCAGGGUGUCGGCAUUAUAGGCCAUCCACCAUGACCAUUAGCCACUUUUAAUAUGGCAAGUGUACACUAAAUCGGGAGGGAUUAAGAGUACCUCCUAGUGUAGUGUUGUAGGCAUUGCAGCUGGACCUUUUUUAUCAGCUCCUGACUAGAGCUCUGCUUCUCUGAACUGGAAUAUCAGCACCACCUCUAGGCCCAUCACGUCAUGUGACUCACACUUGGGCCAACAGACUUUCACUCAACCCAUAGACUCAUAGAGGGAAUCAAUGACCAUAAUUACCAUUGUGGGAAACAGGAAUGAUGGAGUGCAUGCGCUCACGGAAGACUUUUGGAGUUUCAUCAUCGCCCAAACAACACAAGUUCACCUUUUUUUUUCAGGACCCACAAGGGACUUUUAAAACAGAUUUCCUGUUGAUAUAAUGUACAUUUAAAUGACUACCAGGAUGAUGACGGUCCUUUUGGAAUUUGUUACAGCUUGUGUUAUGGACAUGAAAAUAUGUGAAUUAUUGAAAAGCUAUGGAAAAGUUGUUUAGUCCCGUGCAGUGUCUAUGAAUAAAUAUAAAUAAAUCAUUGUCCUAUUAAA